GGCCAGUUUUAAUGUUAGACAAUUAUAUUUUGUAACUUAAUCUAAAUGUAUCUAUAAGUGAAUGCAUAAUAUUAACAUUGGAUAUGAUUAAUUUAUAUUUAUUUUUCUUUCAAACUUUUACAGCCAGUUUAAUCCUGCUCUGACCUCACAAUAUAUUUAAAAAGUUGGCACCAUUGUGUAUGAAUACUUAGAUAACUUGUCUCAUAGAAUGAUAGUCUUUAAUACUUACUCAUAUUACAUAAUGUUUGGAAAAUGAAAUAUUUUAUUAUUUAUGAUAUAUAGAAGUGAUAACUUUACAAUAAUUAAUUUUUAAUAAUAAUUUGAUAAUUUUCAUUUUUAGGCUCGUGAAGUACAAAUGAUGUUUCCAAAUAUGCCAUUUGGCUUGAUAAUGGAUGAUUUAAGAGUAACCCAUUCAGUGGAGCAAACAGUUGAGAAUAUUCUUGACGAGAGACUCGUUCCUCCGCCGUCUUCUUUAUUUCAAGGAGUUAGAAGCAUUUCUCAAACUUCGACUAAUCAGGAAAAUGGAAAUGCUCAAGCUAUUGCAAGUACUUCGAGAGAAUAUUUGGAAGCAGCGGAUACAGCUGAAAACUUGUCUCUAGUUCCUUAUGGAGAAAAUUCAUUUGAAUCUGUUUGCGAGAAUGAGAGGUAUAGGUUUGACAUUGUUAAAAUCAGUGCUGUUAUGUAAAGCUUUUAAUUAUGUAUUGAAGGUUUGAUUGCUAAUGUCUCCACUUUUUACAAAAAUUAGUCAGUUGC